AUGCGGCGAGCAAACCAAGCAGUGCUGCGCGAAAAUCAUCCGCUACCAACGUUUGAGAUAUUCAUGACGAAGCUAAGAGGCGCCAAGUACUUUUCUAGGAUCGACUUGAAGUGGGCAUAUCACCAGCUAGAGCUGGAUGAAUUCAGUCGCUAUAUUACCACUUUCAUUACGCAUAAGGGUUUAUUUAGGUAUAAGAGGCUGAUGUUUGGGAUAAAUUCCGCCCCAGAGAUCUUCCAGCGAGUCAUAGGAAAACUGUUAUGCUCUUGCAAGAAUGCAUUUAAUUAUAUAGACGAUAUCAUAAUAUUUGGCAAAACGGAGGAAGAACAUGACGAAGCGGUAAAAAGAGUGGUAGACGUGUUUAGAGAUAACAAUUCAAUGUUGAACGAAAAGAAGUGCAUUUGGAAGGCACAAAAGCUAAAAUUCUUGGGACACCUGUUAUCUGAGGAGGGCAUAGCACCUGACCCUGAUAAGAUUGAAACGAUAAGGGACUUCCGCCCACCACAGUCGAAGGAAGAGGUAAGGAGCUUCUUGGGGCUCGUGACAUACGUGGGGAAAUUCCUCCCGGACCUCGCUGAUACAACAGAACCGUUGAGAAAAUUACUCAAAUUAAACCAAAAGUUUGUCUGGGAUAAAAGCCAACAAGAAUCUUUUGACAAAUUGAAGGAGGGCCUAUCAAACGUACCAAACCUGGCAUACUUUAACGCGAAGAAAAGAACUCGUCUUAUAGCAGAUGCAAGCCCAGUAGCGCUAGGGGCGGUACUUGUACAGUUUGACGAUCAGAAUGAGCCACAUAUCAUAUCGUUUGCGAGCAAAAGCCUAUCAGAUACGGAAAAGAAAUACUCUCAGACCGAGAAGGAUAGCCUUGCACUAGUUUGGGCCGUUGAGAGAUACCACUACUACUUAAUGGGGCUGCAAUUUGAGUUAGUCACCGACCACAAACCACUUGAGACAAUUUUCAAGCCGACGUCAAAACCUCCGGCGAGAAUAGAGAGAUGGCUUCUCAGGUUGCAGCCCUACAAGUUCAAAGUUGUAUACCGUGCUGGUAAAGAAAACAUAGCCGACUCGGUGUCUAGACUAUCUAAAAUCCAACGGACAAGCUCAUUUGAUGACGGCUACAACCACUCAAUCAUCCAUAUUGUUGAGAAUGCGACACCCUCAGCGAUGGGAAUAAGCGAAAUAGCGGCAGAGAGCGCAAAGGACAAAGAGUUAGUAGACACUAUAACAUGCGUUAAGAAUGAUCUAUGGUCAGCCAAUAAGGCAAACGUUUAUUAUCCGUUUCGGUACGAGCUGUCAGCUGUUGGUGAUAUUUUGAUUAGAGGAUCUCGCAUUGUAAUACCCAAGACACUGAGGGAGAAAAUUUUGAGACUAACGCACGAGCGACACCCGGGAGAGUCAGCGAUGAAGCGUAGGCUACGAUCAAAGGUGUGGUGGCCGUUGAUAGACAGGGAGGCAGAAAAUUUCGUAAAAAAAUGUGUCAAUUGCCUACUAGUGUCCCAACCUAGUAAACCACCACCAAUGCAAAGACAUGUGUUCCCAAAUGGUCCCUGGCAGUGUGUUGCUACCGAUCUAUUGGGUCCUCUUCUUAACAACGACUACAUACUUGUCCUUAUUGAUUAUUAUUCCCGCUACCAAGAGGUAAAAUUCCUAAAAAAGAUCACGUCUGAAGCCAUUAUUUCCGUCAUGCAAGAGGUGUUUAGUAAAUUGGGCAUACCUAACUCAAUAAGGGCGGAUAAUGGCAGACAAUUCACCAGCUCCGAAUUUAAAAACUUCUGCAAAAAUCACAACAUCACUUUAAUUACGACUCCCCCAUAUUGGCCUCAGGCCAAUGGGGAAGUUGAAAAUAUGAACAAGUCGUUAGUAAAGAGGUUAAUAAUCGCGCACAAUAACAAACGAGACUACAAGAAGGAGAUCGAGGAAUUUGCAUUGAUGAACAAUGUCACGCCCCACGGUACAACAGGAUCCUCACCCUCAGAGCUCAUGUUCAAUCGUGUCAUUCGUGAUAAAAUCCCAGGUAUUCAAGACUUAACAGACGACAUGUUGGACUCGGCUGCCCGAGAUUAUGACAUUAUUAACAAAUGGAAAGGGAAAGAGAAGGCGGACAUGAGACGAAGGGCAAAAGAAAGCGACAUUGAGGUAGGGGAUAAGGUCUUAUUAAAGAACGUGGUAUUCGCGCACAAACUUACUCCAAACUUCGAUCCGACGGAGUACACAGUAAAGGAAAGGAGUGGCAAUGAGGUGAUAAUAGCAGCUGGGGAAAGAACGUUAAGAAGAAACAUUAGUCACAUCAAAAGGCUACCGGCAUCCGAAACAAUCUCAGACAACGAAAGUAAUCCUACGACUUCAGGGGAAUCCAUGCAGUGCGGUCAACCAUCACAACAAAUCUCAACUGACGCCACUUCAUCAACGGGAGCGCCAGCGGCAGACCCAGAGGCUUAA